AUGGCGGACAACACCGAUAACCGGAGAGCGAUAUGGGGAGUUCCGGAGAAGCUUCAGCUUCACAUAGCGAUGCUCACGUUGCAAUUUGGUUACGCAGGAUUCCACGUGGUCUCGAGAGCUGCUCUUAACAUGGGAAUCAGCAAACUUGUCUUCCCUGUUUAUCGUAACAUCAUCGCCUUGCUUCUUCUCCUUCCCUUUGCUUACUUCCUCGAAAAGAAGGAGAGACCAGCAAUUACUCUAAACUUUCUCAUUCAGUUCUUCUUUUUAGCACUCAUCGGAAUAACAGCGAACCAAGGGUUUUACUUGUUGGGUCUGGACAACACUUCACCAACAUUUGCUUCUUCCAUGCAAAACUCUAAAGUAAGACUAGACAGAAGAGACGGUAUCUCAAAAGUCUUAGGAACAGCACUUUGCGUCGCCGGAGCUUCUGUCAUCACUCUCUACAAGGGUCCCACCAUCUACACACCGACUAGCAACCUCCACACUCACCUCCUCACAACCAACUCCGCCGCCUCCGCCGUAUUAGCGCCACUUGGAGACGGAGCACCUAAAAACUGGACUCUUGGUUGCAUCUACCUGAUUGGUCACUGUCUCUCCUGGUCCGGUUGGCUCGUGUUUCAAGCUCCGGUUCUUAAAUCUUAUCCGGCGAGGCUCUCGGUUACGUCUUACACCCUUUUGUUCGGAAUCAUUCAGUUUGUGAUCAUCGCUGCUUUCUUUGAAAGAGAUUCUCAGGCUUGGGUUUUUCACUCCGGUUGGGAGCUUUUCAGUUUUCACCAUCCUCUACGCAGGAAUAGUGGCGUCUGGAAUCGCGUUUGCGGUUCAGAUUUGGUGUAUCGACAGAGGGGGUCCAGUGUUCGUUGCUGUUUACCAGCCUGUUCAGACUUUGGUCGUUGCCAUUAUGGCUUCGAUUGCUUUAGGCGAAGAGUUUUACUUGGGCGGUAUUAUUGGAGCUGUGCUGAUUAUAGCGGGACUUUACUUUGUGUUGUACGGUAAGAGUGAAGAGAGGAAGUUUGCAGCUCUUGAGAAGGCGUCCGCGGAGCAUGUUAUCGAGCGUGCACACGUUUCUCGCGGCUCCAUCACAGCUCCACUGCUCCAUCAGUCAACGAAUAACGUUUGACUAAUUGAGUCUUCCUCAAUAAUUACAAAUGCCAUUACCCAAUUUAAAAAGAACAAUGGUGUGCCGUUUUGUUUUAUGACUUUUGUGUCUGCUUCUUUUUCCUUAUUUUAGUUGUUUUUUUUUUUAAUAUUUGAGUACGUACAAGAGGGUUUUGAGAGUGAAAAUGGUGGAUGAGACAUCAUUGUUCAUGAGGAUGGUGGUGAUGAUGAUGUUGAUGAGACUAUGUGGGAGCUUUAAAUUGGGACUUUUCAAUAUAUUAAAUUCGGAUGAUAUAUUAGUGCCUUU